AUGUUAAAGCCAAAACAGGUGAUUUGCUUAGAAAAGGUAUUUUUUAAUUCGGAUGUUCUUGCGGUUUUACCAACUGGAUACGGUAAAUCAUUGAUUUUUUACUUGCUUCCUGCUCUGUUAUUCGCGGCUAAGAACGGUGUUGCCAAAUUCACCGAACACAUUGAUUCUAUAAUCGUCGUCGUGUCGCCUUUAAAUGCUCUAAUGAAAGACCAGAUUUCACAAUUGAAUGCGGGCAUAAUUCGUGCAUCAGUCCUCGAUGUUAGGAACGUAGCAGCAGAAGACUCUGAGGAUGCGGAAGACAAAGAUGAUGGCAUUAGAUCUGAUGUUGUUUGUGACUUUCCUGUUAAUGACAAAAUAAAACUUGAAGAAGGAUAUUAUAAUAUUGUAUUUGCACAUCCUGAGUCGCUUGUUUCCUGUUUAUAUGGACGAAGAUUGAUGCGAAGCAUUGUGUAUCAAAAGAACGUUUGUGCAAUUGUUGUUGAUGAGUCCCAUUGCAUUUUAGAAUGGGGUAAAGAUUUGAGAGUGGAUUAUGGAAAUCUGGGUGCCUUGUGUGCCACAUUUUUAAAUGUACCUGUCAUAGCCAUGACUGCAACAGCAAACCGAUAUGAUAGGGAUUUCAUCAAAAAAUCCCUGGGCUUAAAAUCAUGUGUGGAGAUCAUUGGCAAUCCUGAUCGCAUGAAUAUAACAUACAAAAAGCAUUUUAGAACUGGACCUGAUAUUGAUUCUCUCACAGAUAUGCUUACUCCUAUAGCUGAAGGUUUGAAAAAACAGCAGUUGUGCUAUCCUUUGACAAUAAUCUACAUCCCCUUGAAGUGGUGUGGGUUUGCAUAUAAAGUGUUUGAAUUUGUUCUGGGAUGUGAUCAAUAUUAUCCCAAGGGAAGCACACCAAUUCCUGAAAACAGAUUAUUCGCACAGUUUCACUCGCCUCAAACUAAGGAGAUGAAAGAUGAAGUCUUGAAGCAGUUGACAUGUCCUACAGGAAGCACAAUCAGGGUUGUACAGGGUGUCCCAAAAAAAAAGUAA